UGAACCAUCAUUUUUGGCUUCGUCUGCGCAACCGUAGCAUACCGUAGCCAUGGCUACCCGAUGGCUGCUGAGUGGAUUUGUAGGUUUCUUCAUUGGUUUCGGGUUUCCAUGGAUCCGUACCUGUCGCCCGUUUAUGUCAGAUGAUCAAGCAUCCACCCACGUCGUGCCUGACCAGUCACGCUUGCAAGAAGAGGAUCAAGCAUCCACCCACGUCGUGCCUGACGAGCCACGCUUGCAAGAAAAGACAGUGCCCGAAGUGGGCCUGCACUACGAGGGGUUGCAAUUGUAUUCUCAACCAGCUAGCCCGGAUGAAGUUUGGAAGAGUUUAAAAAAGUUGUCGAAGGAUUCACAAAUCCAGCUUAAGCACUACCCGGGUUUUCUUGGACCUUAUAAGGCUUAUGCGGACAUGUCAGGGCUUGAAUUUUCCUUGUUGUAUCUGAGCGGCUUGAAAGAAACAGACUCUUUGCUUGACAUUGGCUGCGGUGCACUGCGUUUGGGGCGGGUGGUCUUGCCAUACCUAUUGCCUGGGAAAUACCAUUGCAUUGAGCCAAACAGCUGGCUUGUCCGAGAGGCCCUUCAUUAUGAAAUUGGGGAACAGAUCUUGUGGCUGAAGCAACCCAAAUUUGCUUUCAAUGACAAAUUCCAAGCACCACUGGCAGACUCGACUUUCAACUUUUUGAUUGCGCAAUCCAUUUUCUCUCACACUGGCCUGGACAUGUUUGAAGGUGCAAUGAAGAAGAUUAAAGGCCACAUGACUGAUGCUUCAGUUUUCUUGAUCACUUUCGUGAGGGUCGGCAACUGGCCAGACUGUACAACAAGCGAAGGAUGGCUUUAUCCAGGUUGCUGUGUGAUGACAGACGAGGCAAUACAACAAGUAGCAACCAGACAUGAGCUCUUUGCAGUCCCGCUGAAAUGGCGGCAUGACAGGCAGCAAUGGUGGGCAUGGUGCCUGUACAGUUCCAAAGCAAAGUGCAACAAUUUGGAAAGUAUCAUUCCACAUGUCCCUCACGUUUGACUUUCAUAUGGACCAGACGCACUGCGUGUGUGGAAAACUGUGCGCAUGAGGAAGAAAA